AUGCGCCGCAUUCCGAGGAUAUCGUCCACGGCCUCUGCCCUGUGCAGCUCUCCGUCGCCUGUCGCUUCCACAUCGGCCGCUCCCCUCCGCACCCUGAGGGCCCAAGCUGCCGACUCCUCCUCCACCUGCCAGUCAUGCAACUUCUCGACACAGAUCUCCGCCACCCGUAACCGCGUCUGGCAAAACACGCUCCAGACACAACGCCGAUGCGCCUCUACUGUUUCCGAGACCACUCCCGAAGCCCCGGUAGCCGACGCCGCCGCCGAAGUUGCGACCGAACCCACCUUGACCCUUGAACAACAGAGGAAGAGGAGAGGAGUAGCAGGAUUCGUCGAAACCCACAGGACCAUCAACCUUGUCCUUCCAGGGGACCGCAAGAGGGCCCCCUUCCCAGAGGAGAUCACAGACCCCAACUAUGAGCCUGCCGCGUCUGGCGCGGGGUUGCAAGAGAUUGGCGGUAUGUCCGACUGGUGGAACAAGCCGGAGCAUUUCAGGGAUGGCGGGAAGCAGUUUGAAUACCAGGGCUUUGCCGCGCAAGAGAAGAUCACAGACCCCAGGCUGUUGAAGGUCAUUCUGAGGAGGGCGCUCGUCGAGGGUCUGGCUCUGAAGAAGUUCGGCGCCAACCCCAAGAACCCUGCGGAUAUCGCGGCGAUUAUCGGCAAUGGCGAUCACUGGGAGAGGACUGUCUCCGUGGAGAUGUGCCGCGGGGAGAAUGGUGAGCUGGCGCUCAAGAACGACAGCGACUUGCAGAAGGUCUGGAUUCUCAUGCGCAACGCGGCGGAAAAGGCCUACUACACACGCGAGUGGACGGAGGAGGUGGGCAGGCUACGUAAGGUCGGCGAGCACGAGCAGGCCAACCAGCUGCUCCAGGAGGGCAAGAAGCUCGGCUAUCAUUUUGGAAGCGAGGAGGGUUCCCGGGUCCAACUGAACGCCGAAAAGGCCAUUGAGCUCCGCAAGUCCUGGAACAACGACUGGAAGGAGGCUACCAUCCGGGACCCCGUCGUCAAGUUCUAUGCCGCCAAGCGCAUCCAGAAAAUGACCGGCCACCUCCUCUCCGACGGCAAGCUCACCAGCAUCCAGACUGUCGCCAACUUUAUGGAUGCCCUCGUCACGCCUCCCAAGCCCAAGAAGCUUGCCGACCAGAUUGAGCAGAGCAGCAUCUUGCCCGAGCUUCCCAACGUCAAGGUUUACCCCAGGAGAAUCACACCUGUGGACAAGGAGAAGAUGGUUGGUCGCUGGAAGGUCAUCGAGAAGGAGCUCCAGAAGCGUGAGAUCCCUGUUCUCGGUACGGGUAACAUCGGCAAGUACGUCGAGCUCAAGUGGCUUGGUAGCAAGCAGUAA